UGUUACAUCUCUGAGUAUAACCCAGACAAAAAUGCUAUCAAAAUGACACAAAAAGGAGUCAACCAAAUUCUUCAUCUCUGCCUUUCUAGCCUGAGGGAGUAGCCAUCUUGUCCUGGCCCUAACUGGGCAUCAAAUGGAAUGAAACCAGUGCUUUGAAGCAGAUACUGAGCAGCAGCAUCAACAGGAUGAGAAUAAAGAGGAAGCAAUCGGUUACACAGUGAAACAAGAACAAUCCAUCAAAGGCCCACAUAUCCAAGUCACCGAGCUUUGGAAACCAACAAUCCUGUUAUUUUGAGAUGAGACUGAUAACGCGAUAAAUGGAGAGAAAUAAGAAAAACCCUCUGCUGUUUCUUCUUCUUGCUCUGCUUCAUGUCUGCACCACCAGAUCACAGGACUGUUGUAGCCUCCCAAAUAACAAUCUCACCUGCUACAGUGACUUUAAUCGUACCAUCACUUGUGUGUGGAACAGCACAUAUGUAUCUGACACUGAGUGCACAAUACACGCCAAAAAAGUCAAAGGUAGAUCUGUGUACAGUGCUUCCUGUGACCUGAAGCCUGUUGACAUCUCCAGACCAAUGCUAAAGAAGUGCUCCCUGGACUUCAUAGACGACUGGAUUUUUCAGACUAAAGAUGAGUUGUCCAUUAAUCUGAACUGUGUACCUGAGAAGCAAAGUUUGGAGAUAUGUUACAAGCCAGCUUGUCACAUUAAGCUGAAUCCACCGCCAAAACCAGAUGUCAACUCUACUGCAAUUUCUUGGUUCCCACAAGUUAACAAACAUGGAAGAAUAACAAGUUACAUCUCCCAACUACAGUGGAAACGAGAGGAUUGCUCAUGGAGUGAUCCCUCUGUGAAGACAGAAAAUAAAGAAUGGAACUGGAGCUUAACAGUGGCGCAGAUCCCUGACUCAGAUUUGCUGAUGGGGGAGAGGUACGAGGCACGUGUUCGAGUGCAAGGCAGGGAAAACUGGGCCAAGUCAACCUGGAGUGACUGGAGCCCCGUUGCAUCUUGGGAGUCCACCGUAGGAAAAACAAAACCAACAAUAGAUGGUACUGAAGUUUUAUUUGGCGUUGUUGCAGCUGUGCUCGCAUUUGCCGUCCUUCUGACUGUCGCUAAGACUGACAAAACUACCUGGAUUUACAUGGUAAAGAGAAUCAGCGGCCCACCCCUACCGAACCCAGCAAAGUCAUUCCUACAGGAUGUAAAUUUCCAGAAUUGGUUGAGCCCCCACUUCACCGGCGAAUCCUUGCAUUCCUUCUUGAAACCGGUGGAAAUUGUUUCUGUAGAGAUAACCUCCACUGUGGAUGCUGUUGCACCCUGUGGGCCAGAGGCGACACUACUAGAGAAGAUGAGAAGCAAAGGAAACCACGAGUCCGCCAGUUCCAACUUCUCCAACCCCAGUUACUCCCAGCUGUGUCCUCCUCCUCCUGUCUCCUCGCUCACUGCGGGAAAUCUGGAGCCCUGUGCCUCCGAUACACCUUAUGGGCCUGUUAGUAGUCAAGGUGAAGGUAAAAAUGAAGUGAAGGAUAGGGAUGAGGUGAGAGGGAAAGAAGUGGAGAUCCUACAGUUGCUCUCCAAAGGCAGCAACAACAGUGAGCCUAUGCCGGUAAUUUCAGACUAUGAGAAGGUUGAGAAGCUCCAGGUUGAGCGUGUCAGGCUACAGAGUCUAGAUUCAGGCAUGUGCAGUGGCGAGGAGGUCAGUCAAGAGAGCCUGGAGGCAGAUAGCAUCAGUAUGACUAAUUGCCAUGAUGAGGGACCUGAAGACAUGGAGGAGAGGCAGAAAGGGAAUGGAGAAGGAGGGUUUCAGAAGUUGUUUGGAGGCAAUGGAUUUGGCAAAUCCAUUCAGGUUUGUUCUGAUUACGAGCCAGUCCGGAAUCUGCAGAAUGACAGCCUUGAGCUCCCUAGCCUGGAUUCAGGCAUUAGCAGUGGGGGAGAGGAGCAGAUGAGUCAGGAGGAGAGCCUGGAGGACAUUGAUAAGUCCACUAAAUCUACAGGUCUCCUGUUUUCCCCUCUUUCACCUCCUUUUAGAGCCUUACCAUGUUCCUUGACCUCUUUCGCACCACUGCCUUUGAACUUCUCUGGGCCAUGUUUGAGUCCAGCUCAGCGACCUCUGCCAACUCAUAUACUAGAGAGGAUUGCUCUUAUAUCAACCAAUAGGUUAGUGGAGCCCUCUGGUGAUGGAUAUACGCCAGUAAGACAGGAAGAGAGCUGAAAACAGACAGAAAUCUCACAGUAAGUGCUGGACAUUACAGCAUGUGCAGGAUUCAUGAGAUCCCCAUCUCAGCCAAUGCGUUCUGUGUUUUUUGCUCGUCACAUGGACUGUUAACUUGAAUGCAACCAAAGGCCGCUCAACCGUGUUUGGUCAAUACUACUCGAAUUACAGUAACAGUAACCAGAAUGUUUCCGGUACCACAAUCCUAUCCCUUGCCUACAGAUUCGGUACAUAUGCACAUAUCUCCAUCCAUCCAUCCAUCCAUCUUCAUCCGCUUAUCCGGGUCAGGUCGAGGGGGCAGCAGCUCCAGCAGGGGACCCCAAACUUCUCUUUCCCCAGCCAC